UUCAAUAUGAACCAAUCAUCAGGAGUUGGAUUGUGGACAGAACCGAAGCCAGUCCUUCCUCUUUUAUCUUGAUUCCCUCUUUAAAUCGGAAUAAAAUUAAAACUGUCUGACAAAUAUCAAAGUUUGCUCUCUCUCUGUGCCUUCCAAGCAAAAAUUUCACUCUUCCAAAAAUCGCAGCCGAGCCAUGCAUCUCAAUUAUUUAGUGGUAAACAGGUGAAUGUAGGAGAGUUUGAUAACAGAAGAAGAUUAGAAAAGCCAACAAUGUGUAUGAAGAAGAUAGGAUUCUUGAAGCUAGUCCUUCCCUCAAGAAAUCCCUGAUAGAUAUCUCCGAGUCUUCUGCAAUAGUGAGGGAACUCCAUAUGGCACGCAGGGAAAUAGGUCGAUUCAAAGAAAACAGAACGGACACAGACGCCUUAAGAGCACAAGCGCAAUCCGAGAUGCUUGAUGUGAUGGAGAGAGCUAAAGAUUUGUCUUCUGUAAUUGAGGAAUCAAGCUCCAAGGCGAAAUCACAUACACAAGAGAUUGAAGUACUAAAGAAAUCGCAAAGGCACGUAGGUAGGGAUGAAGACCAGGUAUUGGCUAUUGGGGAUGUGGACAAUAACAAACAUACAGAAGUGAUGAGAGAAUUGGAACUUGUGAGACAGGAACUAAGCAUGCUUGAGCUUGAUAUGGCGUCGAUUUUAGAAGAGAAAUCGCAGGCAGAGAAGCAAACUGAGGCCUCAAAUACAAAGACGUUGUUUAUACAAGUUCAGUGGAGGCAAUCAGGGACGAGAUUGAGGAAGCAACUGAAGAGCAAGUGCUAGCUGAGUUGGCCCGGAUUGAAGCUGCAAAAGAAUUUGGAGAUAUAGAAGCUGAGAGAGAAAGGGAAGCCAGUCAAUUCUCAUCGGCAGUGGACAAAACCAGGAAGAAAAUGGAAGAUAUUGUUAAACAGGUUGAUUACUCAAGAGACCUCGAAACCAAGUUAGCUGUCACAAUGUCUGAUGUGCAUGUGUUGCAGAAUGAACUAAAGGUAGUUAAAGAAAUGGACAAAAGGAUUCAAAGGAUUGACAGCUUGAGUCGUUUAGAACCCAGUUUUCGGAAAGAGGAAGACUUGGAAGGCUCAGAGCUGUUACAGUCAGUUACGGAAGAACUUGAGGCGGGAAAGACAGAAUUGGCUGCAGUAAAAGAAGAAUGUUUUCAGUACAUGGCCUCCAUGGAUGUUAUAAGAAAUGAGCAUAAGCAUUUAACAAACAAGACAGCUCGGUUAAGGAAGACAGAAGAGAAAUCAAAUUCGAGGGUUCAAAAUCUCAACUCAAAGCUUCUCCGAGCAAAAGCCAAGUUGGAAGAUGUAUCUGCAUCCGAAGAGAAAGAAAAAUCGAUUGUGUCCAAUCUAUCUGUCACUCUUGACAAGCUCAAGGUAGAAGCAGAAGCUGCAAAGAAAGAAAAGGAGCUUGUCUGCGAAGAGACUGCAAGCAUCAAGUCCGAAAUUCUGAAAAUGGAAUUGGAGAUAGAAUCAACCGAGGAAAAGUUACAGGCUACAAUGCAGGAGCUUGAAACAGUCAAAUCAUCCGAAGCUGUAGCGCUUGAAAAUCUCAAAACUCUGAUUGAGAACACCGUACGAGCUAGAGCUUUUGAGUCACAGAGUAGUUCUUCAAUUACCAUAUCCAAGUUUGAACACGAGUACCUGACUGGACGUGCAGUCGCAGCUGAAGGAAUUGCGGAUAAAAAGGUAGCAGAAGCUCAGGCAUGGGUUGAAGCUCUAAGGGCCAGUGAGAAGGAAAUACUGAUAAGGACAGACUUAACUAUGAGAGAUCUUAAAAAGAUGAGAGUGGACGAAGAGCAAGGAGAAGAACAAAACUGGGGACAAAAAGGGGAAAGAAAUGUAGUAUCUGGAAACUGGCAACAAGCCACACCUAGAAAGGCUAUGAAAAGUAAUGGAUACCAGACUCCAUACAGGCGGGCGAGGUAUAGAAAAUCUGCUUCUCCUGGAGCUCGGAAUAAUUUCCCCAUUCAAAAGAAAAAGAAGGUGAUGCCUAAUCUGACUAAGUUAUUCAGUGGUAAGAAAACUGCCAAAGAUGAGUGAGCUGUUUGAAGUUUACUACAUCUUAAAUCUUAAUAUGGUAAAGUGAAUCUAGUCCAUCAAUUAAAUAAAUCGCACUGCCGUAUUUUGCCUUGGGAUCUUGUAGCUUUGCUUUUUCUCCAAUAAGUGCAGCUCCUAAAGCUUUUGAUUUACCGAAAAAACAUGGAACUCUGGAUCAAGUGAGCUUUGGGCUGAGAGUGUGGAUCAUUCAUGCUGUAACUGUAAUUUGGAAUGUUUUCAUAUCAUUAAGUAGAAGAGACGGCUGUUUUUGGUUUUGUAUCUCAAUCUGAAACAUGCCUUGUAUACAUUUUCGGUCCUUCUCGUAAGAGCUUUUUGGAGUCCAAUUGUUGUCUAAGAUGGUAUCACAGCCUUCGGUAAUUCACAGGGUGUUUCAAAACAUCCAAUCCCCAUUCUCUACUUCUUGUUAGCUUGUGCAGGAUGUGAUUGCACCUUCGUGCAUUCACUUGAAUCAAAGCAAACAAGCUUAAUUAUCUCUUCAUG